GAGGAGCAACGGACCGCCUGACGCUUCUCGAACUCGACUCUCCUCUCAUGGCGGAAGAACCCAACGCCGGUCCCUCCAAUCCCCAGCCGCCCCCUCCGUCGUCCGAUGAGGGGCUUGGGAAACCUCAGGUACCAUAUAUUUCUGAUUUCCAGAUGUAUCCGUUCAUGUACACUAGACCAUUUCCUUCACAAAACCUAGAAGAAGAUGACAGCGGUCCAGGAAUUUAUGCCAUCCCCUGUCUCCCGUACAUGAGCCCUAUGGCUGGGUUUUCUCCAAACACUCUCAUUCCGCUUCGCUAUAAGAUACCAACGAGGCAAGAAUCUACAGGUGGGGCUAAUGAGCAGCAUGGGCAAGAAGUGAGACAGCAACAAGGUCCUCAAAGGCAACCUGUCGUGAGGAGAUUUCAGUUUGCAAUUCAAAUUGAUUUGGGUCUCAUCCUCAAGUUGGCAGCGGUGGUCUUUCUUCUCAGCCAGGAUGGAUCAAAACACAGGCUCAUUCUUAUGAUGCUCUGUGCCUCACUUGUGUACCUAUACAGAACUGGAGUUCUUGCCCCCUUCAUAAGAUGGCUUCAACAAGCAGGAGCGCCCCCUCAACCUCGACAACUUGUGCAGCCACAGAAUGACCAUCCUGUUGGUCAUGGUGAUGCAAAUAAUCCUCAACCUGACCAAAAUGUUGGAGUUGAGAGGCAGAACCAGCAUCAUCAACCAACAGAAGGCCAAGAACGACCGGCUGCAAAUGAGAAUCAACCAGAACCUGAGGGAGGACGGGGGAUCAAUUGGUGGCUCAUUGUGAAAGAGAUCCAGGUGUUCAUCAUCGGUUUUGUGACUUCUCUUAUUCCAGGUUUCCAUAACAAUGGUUAAUCUCCAUCAUCCCAAAAUCUCAUCACUUUUACUCUGUCGUAUCUCAUGUAUGUUUGUACCCUUAUUUCCUCGCAUCUGUAGAAUCAAAACUUUUCCUCUUUUCCUUUUAACUUGGAAGUGACCUUACUUCUCUUGUAAUCGAAACUAUCUGUUGUGUUCGUGUGCUAAUGAUCUCUUGGUUGACUCC